UUAAACCCCAAUAAAAGACGCCAACCGUUGGCCUGUUGUGAAAUAAUCUGGUGUCUCCAUAUCAGAAAAUUGUGAAAUGCUCAACUGAAAUCUUUCAAGUCAGGGAUAUAAAAAAUAUGGAGCUAGCUACAGCUGACGCCGAAGUUCGGAGAUAAAGCAAAAAACAUUCGAAUACCCCAUUUGUUGUGGCAGAUAUCCAGUCUAAAAAAUUAAAAUGGCUGCGCCCGUGGGCACUUUUCAUCCUGGCGCGGCUCCAUUCGGAAAUUUCAUCAAUUACUAUUCCUUUAAUCCACCAGAGAAGCGAAUACGGUUCCUACCAGAUGACCUUUUGAGAGUCAUAAGUAAUGUAGGGAGAAAGAGGAACGUUGCAGUACUGGAUGUUGGAUGCAAUGCAGGGAAUCUGACCGAGGCAUUAUACCUGCACCUGACUAAGCCAAAUCUCAGUCAAGCAGAAGAAACAGAGGACAGUCUCACACAUGCAGCAUCAACUGAUGAAGCUAAUGAUGACAUUUCAAACACUGCUGAAAUGUCUCAUCUUUCAAGAGAUUCGCUCAGUGUAUCAGUCAAUGUUCUGGGAUGCGACAUUGACGAAACACUCAUCUUCCGUGCACACGAGUCCAAUUCUUUCCCCAAAAACAUUGCCUAUCGCACAGUGGACUUCAUGUGCGAUGCCUCGAGACAAUCCAACCUGACGGAAUUCUUGUCAUCAAGAGACUCGGAGACGAUCGACAGAUUUGACCUGGUGUGCUGCUUCUCCAUCACCAUGUGGAUCCACCUUCAACACGGCGAUGCCGGACUGCGCAAAUUCCUGACGGAGGCCGCACGCUUGUCCAGGUACCUACUCGUGGAGCCCCAGCCCUGGAAGUGUUACAAGUCGGCCCUGCGUCGGGUGCGGAAAGUCGGUAUCGAGAAUUCGUGGCGAUUCACAGAGCUCACUAUGCGAGAGAAUGUCGACGAAAACAUCCGAGACUACCUGACGUCUGCCUGUCAGAUGGAAUUAGUCAGGACCCUAGGGGAGACACACUGGGAGAGAAAAUUACUCUUGUUCAGGAACACGAGUGACACAGAUUCCUAGCAUCUUGUAACCACACUGAAUGGUCUUAUUGAUAUCCUUUAUAUUUUUUUUUAAACCUUUAAAUUAUUAUAAUACACUAAGUCGGUUUCCCUCAUGGUUUUAUUUUUAUUAUUUUAUAAACUGAGAAGUCCGUGAAGACUUCAGGAGAACAUUUAACUUUGGUCGCUUAUAGAAAAAUGCGCUGAAAAAAUAUUGUAAUAAUGCAAUAAACACUGAAGAUUCAAAGACAAUCUCGUAUUUAAACGUGUAAGGUUCACCUAAAAAUGUCGGAUUCAGUGGUUAAAAAAACACUUUUUGUUCCAUCCAAAGCAAGACAGGUUUUCGCAACUAAAUCAAAUGAGCAGGGAAAUAUUAAUCAAGCUGGAAAAUUUGCAGUAAAGCUCAAACUCAAACUCAAACCCCUUAUCAUUUCAACAGCAUUAUACACAAUAAACAAACAAAUCAACUUGAUUUUGGUAUUUCUGUGUACAGCAGCAACUGGGCAUGAUGGCCCAGUGUUUUAUUUACAAUCGUUCAAUAUUUUCAACCUUACAGACUUGAUGUAAGCAUACAUUACAGAAGUAUCGUUUAGGCAUAAGAGCCUUUCCAAUGGUCCUAUUUAAAACAAUUCGCUAUUCAGAUUAUUAGAUUCAUUAUAAGCAUUUUGUUAUACAGAGUAUUAAACCAUGAGAUAUCACUCUCCUUCACAGUUGUUAUAGCUGUUGAAUCUUCGUA